CUCCUUCACAUUACAAAAGAAGAGGAAGCUAAGGGCGGCCUUCGACAGUAACGGCCAAGUUCUUUUAGCCAUAACGAGAAAAAUUACUUCCCUUUCUUUCAGAUACCGAUAUAAGGGGUGUUCGGAAUACAGACCCAUUCAUGUGCUGUCUGAAGAAAGGAUAUUAAAGCACGCAAACAUGUCUGGAGCGUGUCGGGACAGAAGGAGCCGAUGGCAGGAGAUUCAAAAAGGCCUCCAGUUUAUCCAAUCAACCCUUCCGUUUCCUGGAAGUCAGGACCAGUAUGAGGUUUUCAUAAAGGAACUCGUGUGGAAUUUGUUUGGAGAAGGAAACGACGUGUUUAAAGAAGGCGAAUGGACAAAAUCUAUUGAGAUGUACACCGAGGCACUGAGUAUAGCAGAGUACGCGGACUCAGAGGAAAUCUGUGUUUCAGCAGGUUUACUGGAAAAGCUGUAUGCAAAUCGAGCUGCAGCGUACCUUAACAUUGUUCCGGGACUGUAUGACCAAGCAUUAGAAGACUGUGAAAAAGCUCUCCACUUGAAUGAGGGGAACUACAAAGCGCUGUACAGAAAAGCAAAAGCCUUGAAAGAGUUGGGAAGACAUCAAGAGGCCUAUGAGGCUGUUGCCAAAUGCUCUCUUGUAGUGCCUCAGGACUCCAAUGUCACGCAGCUGACUCAGGACAUUGCCAAAAUUUUGGGAUUGAAAAUCCGUAAAGCUUAUGUGAGAAGUAAGCCUGCCUUGAAUGUUUUGAGAGGCUCAAGUUAUCAAGAUGCGCCUUGUGAUAAAUUUUCUCAUGGCACGACUACGGUUGAAGAUAUAGAAAUUGAAGUGCCUCCGGUGACCCAGGAUAUCAGCGUUCUGGCUCCAGGUCAAGCUCCAAUCCAGCCUCCGUUGACGGUUCAUAUACCUCUGAAUGACUCGGUGGUGGUGGACGAGCCCCCUCCCAGCAACAGCAUCCUCUCAGCACCCCCAACCGAGCCUCCAGGCUUCGAGUCUGUCCCCCUGUCCGUGUCUGCGCCCCCACCCGUUCCCCUCCACGGGCUCACAUACGUCAACGGGUGCCGAACCAACAAGCCUUCUCCAAUAUUUGAACCCAAUCAGGAUUUUGAUGCAGAUAUCAUUGGGGACGAUCUAGAUGAUCUUCUCGACCAAGCCGGUCCCGAGUCGUUGUCGGAUAUUCCCACAAUGAAGGGGCCUCUUCCUUUGCCAACCAGUAUUGCCUCGGGCAGUUCCAUGUCAAAUCCAUUCCUAAUGCCACCUCAUAUUAACCCAUUUCUAUCCAGCAGUUCGCAGCAGUGCACUGUAAAUCUGCCACCUUUGUAUCACAAGUCGGGGUCAAGUUCAUAUUUAGGUAUGGACACUUUUCAAACUCUGCCCCCACCUCUGGACUCUCUGGAUAGUCUCACGAUAGCAGAUUAUAAAGCAGAUUUUACUCCAUCUCCCUUCAUUGCACAGCUCAGCAAUGAUGAACCCCCCAUGGGGAUGGCUGUGGGUAUGCCCGAAGUGAAAAACCUCCCCGCUGCUGUGGAUUUAGCAAAAAACCCCUUAGCUGAAACGCACGAGUUCAGGCAGGCGUGCGCCAUGUGCUACGUGAAAACUGGUCCUGGAGUGUUGGAUUACACGCUUCACACAGAAGAGCAUAAAUGCAAAAAGGAUGUAUUACUCGGCAGAAUGAAGCACUCGCCCGACAAAAUGUGGAAGCUCAUUCGACCCAGACCAACGAAAACUCAAUAUGUUGGACCUUAUUACAUUUGCAAAGAGGUUGCUGUUGGAAAAGAGUGCCUGUAUCCCGGCCACUGCACGUUUGCAUACUGCCAGGAGGAGAUUGAUGUUUGGACACUGGAGAGGAAGGGCUUCAUCUCCAGAGAGCUGCUGUUCGAUCCUUUUGGGCCAAAUUCUAACAUCAGGUUGACUGUUCCCAAAAUCUUACAGGAGCAUCGGGGAAUAUUCAUGUUUCUCUGUGGGGUGUGCUUUGACCAUAAACCCAGAAUAAUUAGCAAAACCAACAAAGAUGACCCUUCACUCUGUUCUCAUCCUGUGACUAAACACGACUUUGAGGAUCAUAAGUGCCUGGUCCACAUUUUAAAGGAAACUACAGUUCGCUAUUCCAAAAUCCGACCGUUGACGCCUCACAGUCAGCUGGACCUUUGUCGCCACGAAGUGCGCUACGGUUGUGUGAGGGAGGACGAGUGCUUUUACGCUCACAGCCUGGUGGAGCUGAAGGUCUGGAUGAUGCAGCACGAGCUCGGAAUCACACCUGAGAGUAUAGUUCAGGAGGCAAAGAAGUAUUGGAACGCUACAGCUUCUUUACAGGGCACACAGCUCUCCACUGUUCCGAGGAGGUUCGGUCCUCCCAACCUGAAAAUGAUGUUUGUUUGUGGCCAAUGCUGGAGAAACGGCCAGCUAAGUGAAGCUGACAAAAACAAGAAGUAUUGUUCUGCCAAGGCAAGACAUCAGUGGGCCAAAGACAGGCGGGUUGUGCUUGUAAGUUCCCAUGAAAGAAAAAAGUGGACAACAGUCCGACCACUCCCAACCAAAAAACCCAUCCCGUCUCAAUUUGAGAUUUGCAUGCAUGUGACUGCUGGAAAGAAGUGUCAGUACAUUGGGAAUUGCACAUUUGCUCACAGUGUUGAAGAAAGAGACCUUUGGACCUACAUGAAGGAAAACAACAUUCCAGAUAUGGAUCAGCUUUAUGAACGAUGGCUGCAGUCUCAGAAACCCGGCUGGAGCGAGGACACUUCCAAUAACUCUGUCCGGGAGAACGGCAAACAGAUCCACAUGCCAACAGACUACGCCGAGGAGGUGGCUGGCAAUCACUGUUGGCUGUGUGGUAAAAACUGCAACAGUGAGAAGCAGUGGCAGCAGCACAUCACUUCAGAAAAACACAAAGAACGAGUUUUCAACUCUGAGGAUGAUCAGAACUGCUGGCAGUACCGAUUUCCCACCGGCACUUUCAAAGUUUGUGAGAGGUUCCUUAAAGGCACGUGCACAGAGGACGACUUGUGUAAACUGGCCCACGGAGAGCAGGAGCUGAGGGAGUGGAGGGAGCGCCGAGAAUUUCUUUUGAUGAAACUUGCCAAAGCCAAAAAAGACCAUCUUAUAGCACCGAACGACAAUGACUUUGGAAAAUACAGUUUUCUCCUUAAAGACAUUAAAUAAUGACAUGCUGACGA